AUGUUCCUUUAUCCUUUUAGUGGAAUGUUGAAACUUCGACUGGUUCGUGGUAUCCCUUUUAACAUUAACUGGCCGAUUCUUUAUAUGUUAGCAUCGACUGCUACGUCACUACUUCCAGGAAAUUGGCCACAAGCAGAUGUUCCACCAGCAGUAAAUCCAGAUUUCGUAAAACAAGUAGAUUUAUCCAAGAUUCGGAAAGUUCCUACUAAUCCAGUGCCACCUAUUUGUAACGGCACAGCUAAUGAUCCAUUUUGUUAUUGGACUUGUACCAAAUGUUCUCGUCCUGAUACAGAUGUCGUUACAUGUCCUAACCAAUUAGAUUGGGGACUUAGUUUCGAUGAUGGCCCAACGGAGGUAUUUACCAACACGUUACUUGACUAUCUAGAAACACAAAAUGUAAAAGUUACCUUUUUUGCUAUCGGUUCUCGAGUAAUUCAAAAUCCUCAAGUUUUGCAGAAAGCUUUUAAAGCUGGACAUCAAAUUGGUGUACACACUUGGUCACAUCCUUCACUUACUAAUUCAACCACAGAACAAAUAAUUACUGAACUUAAAUGGACUGAAACAGCAAUUAAAGCAGCUGUUAACGUUACUCCUAAGUACUUUCGUCCACCAUUCGGAGAUUAUGAUGAUCGAGUUCGUGAUAUUGCAACUCAACUUGGUUAUAAAGUAGCAAUUUGGGAUUUAGAUACUAAUGAUUGGAUGUCUCAAGCUUAUCCAAACUUUGACCUUACUUGGAUAGAAGGUAACUUUACUCAAUGGGUAAAUGAUCCGAAUCUGGCCAAUACUGGUCAUAUCUCCCUCGAACACGACUUAUAUGAACAAACUGCCGCCAGAGUUCCUUUGGUAGUACCAAUUCUUAAAACUGCCAAGUAUAAUAUUAAACCUAUUGCAUCAUGUAUUGGUGAUGAUCACCCUUAUCAGGAAAAUGUUCUUCUGAGUCCGUCUUCUCCGUCAUCUGCUUCAUCGCCUGCAGCUACUAAUUCAAAAAUUAAUAAUGUUAAUUCAACAAAUAAACCUACAUCUGAUGCUACUAAGUUAUUCACAAGUAAUUUUUGGUUAAUUGGCUUGACGCUAAUACUAUUUGGAUUAAAGGAUCGAUUAAGUCUCUAA